AAGAAAAAUGUCCCGAUUGGAAAAGUUUAAUUGAAUCUGAAGCAAUCCAAAAUGAAAAUGUUCCUGAAAAUUUAUUAGAAUUGUUACAAAAUGGUAUAACACCCAUUGAACAAAUCAAACAAGGAAUGAAAGUGGAAAUUCAAGAAGAGUUAGAUCCAAAUAACGUGUGGAUAGCAACAAUAAUUGAGAAUGUUGGUGGAAGAUUAUUAAUGAGGUACGAUGGUGUUACAUCUCAUGAUUUCUGGCUGUUCUAUUUAUCUCAUCGCCUUCAUCUGGUUGGUUGGGGACACGAUCACGGAUGUCAGUAUCAACCACCUAAAGAAUUGAAGCAUAUAUACUCCGAUGCAGAAUGGACAGAUAUUUUACGAAUAUCUGUAGAAGAAUCUGAAAAAGUAAAAUUUCCUUCUCAAGUGCUUGCUCCUCAAGAAGUUAUAGAAACUCAUUCAUUUAAAGCUGGAAUGAAAUUAGAAGCCGUAAGUCCUGCUAGUAAAUUACAGCUCUGCCCCGCAACAGUUACGAAAGUACUCAACAAUUACUAUUUUCUGGUCGAAAUCGACGACUAUCGAAAAGAUACUGAUAAAAAACAAUCCCCCGCGGUUAUAUGCUGUCACGCUAAUUCCUUAGUUAUAUUUCCCGUAAAUUGGGGGAAAGAACACGGUGUUAAAAUACAUUUCCCGAAAGGAUUAGUAGAUAAUCCAGGCAACAAAGAAUUUGAUUGGCAACAAUAUCUUAAUUUUUGUAAAGCGGAAGUUGCACCUUGUGAACUGUUCAAAGGAAAAUUUAUCAACUUAGGAUUGGAACCAGGAAUGAAAUUAGAAGCAGUAAAUCCAUACCAAACUAAUCAGAUAUGUGCAGCUACAGUUACAAGAGUCGUGGAUCCUCUUAUAUGGAUUCAGUUUGACAGCAUUGAUAUAUUUCACUCAAAUCACAUACUUCCAAUGAACUCUCAAGAUAUCUUUCCCGUCGGAUGGUGCGAAAGCAAUGGUUUUUCAUUGAAGCCUCCUAGAACCUGUCUGAGCAAAAGACAGAGGAAAAUUAUGAAGAGAGUUGGAGAAAAAAUCUGA